GGGACUCUUUCCGGGUCGAAUUCUGCUGCUCUGUCCCUCUGUCCUGGCGGCACCGUGAUGGCGGCCUUGAAACCCGUCGAAUCGCAGAGCGGUUCCAGCUCCGGCCUGACCCGCUGGCAGCUGGCCCUCGCCAUCGGCGGCCCCAUCCUCCUGGGAGCCGGCGCCGUCUACCUGUGGAGGAAGAGGACGGUGUCGAAGCGGAGCGAGAGGAAAGCGCCGGAAGGCAGCUCCAGCCCAGUGCCCAAGGAGGACAGCGGCCGCGGGGAGAAUGAGGCGGAUGGUCUGAGCUUGUUAGACCGAGCCCAAGCUGCAAAGAAUAAAGGAAACAAGUAUUUUAAAGCUGGCAAAUUUGAACAAGCUAUUCAAUGUUAUACUGAGGCAAUUAGCCUGUGUCCAGUGAAUCAGAAACAAGACCUUUCAACGUUUUAUCAGAAUCGGGCUGCAGCAUUUGAGCAAUUGCAAAAAUGGAAUGAAGUUGCUGAAGACUGCACGAAAGCCGUAGAACUCAACCCGAAGUACAUAAAGGCACUGUAUCGUCGUGCCAAGGCAUAUGAUAAACUAGAUAAUAAGAAGGAAUGCUUAGAAGAUGUUACUGCGGUUUGUAUCCUGGAGGGAUUCCAAAACCAACAAAGCAUGCUUCUUGCUGACAGAGUCCUUAAGCAGCUUGGAAAAGAAAAAGCUAAAGAAAAGUACAAGAAUAGAGAGCCACUAAUGCCCUCUCCACAGUUCAUCAAGUCGUACUUUAAUUCCUUCACUGAUGACAUCAUCUCACAACCUUUACUAAAAGGUGAAACGCCUGAUGAAGACAAAGACAAGGAGGGUGAAGCUGCUGACAUUAGGGGAACAGAAAGAUCUGGAUACCUGAAGGCAAAACAAUACAUGGAGGAAGAGAACUAUGAUAAAAUUAUUAGCGAAUGCACCAAAGAAAUAGAGUCAAAGGGAAAAUAUGUGGCUGAAGCCUUAUUGCUUCGGGCUACCUUCUAUUUGCUGAUAGGCAAUGCCACAGCUGCUCAACCUGACCUUGAUAUGGUUGUUAGUAUGAAAGAUGCUAAUGUGAAGCUGCGUGCCAAUGCAUUGAUUAAGCGUGGGAGCAUGUAUAUGCAGCAACAGCAAUCUCAGCUGAGUACACAAGAUUUCAACAUGGCUGCUGAUAUUGACCCACAAAAUGCUGAUGUGUAUCAUCACCGAGGACAGCUGAAGAUUUUACUUGACAAUGUUGAAGAGGCUGUUGAAGAUUUUGAUGAAUGCAUUAGACUGCGACCAGAUUCCGCUCUGGCUCAGGCCCAGAAAUGUUUUGCAUUGUAUCGUCAGGCCUACACUGGAAGCAAUCCUUUGCAGAUCCAAGUGGCUGUAAAAGGAUUUGAAGAUGUUAUUAAAAAUUUUCCCAAAUGUGCAGAGGGUUAUGCAUUGUAUGCUCAGGCUUUAACUGACCAGCAACAUUUUAGCAAAGCAGAUGAAAUGUACGAUAAAUGUAUUGAACUGGAACCAGAUAAUGCAACAACAUAUGUUCACAAAGGUUUACUUCAGCUUCAGUGGAAACAGGAUUUGGACAAAGGCUUGGAACUAAUCAGCAAGGCUAUUGAGAUUGACAAUAAAUGUGAUUUUGCGUAUGAGACCAUGGGUACUAUCGAAGUCCAGAGAGGAAAUCUGGCUAAGGCCAUCGAUAUGUUUAGCAAGGCCAUUAACCUGGCAAAGUCAGAAAUGGAGAUGGCCCACCUGUAUUCGCUUUGUGAUGCUGCAUAUGCACAGACAGAAGUUGCUAAGAAGUAUGGAUUGAAACCCCCAACACUGUGAUUUGAAAAUGUAAAGCUAUUCCCAUUAUUCUUCUGUUGAGCCUGUGAUAACUUUUUAUAAACAGUUGAAUACCACAGAAA